AAUUAUUGAAAUCUCCAGCUCUUCUCCACCUCCAUCACCACCUUUUCACCCCCACCUUCACAGAGCUUUCCCUAUCCUCCCCGCCGGUUUCACAUAUUUUUCCGUACUACCCCUAAUCACUCUUCGCUCAAAAACAGAUAUUGUUUUCUGAGAUCUCCAAGUUUACGACUUUCUGAAUUCAGACUCUCCGGCAUUUAGGCUUCAGUCAGCAGGAUCGGGAAAUGGUUAAAAGGUAUGGAGUGUUUUGAUGUGUGGAGAAUAUCAUGUUGCAGUGCAUAGACGGACUGAAGCAUUUAUUUGCUUCUGUACUGCAAUGUUGCGAUAUUGAUUUGUACAAUCAAUCAAGAGGUCUUGACGAUCCUGAACUUCUUGCUAGAGAGACAGUGUUCAGUGUAAGUGAAAUAGAAGCACUUUAUGAGCUCUUCAAGAAGAUAAGCAGUGCUGUGAUAGAUGACGGGUUGAUAAACAAGGAGGAGUUUCAAUUGGCGCUAUUCAAAACAAACAAAAAAGAGAGCUUGUUUGCUGAUCGGGUAUUUGACUUGUUUGAUACAAAGCAUAAUGGAAUUCUAGGUUUUGAAGAGUUUGCUCGUGCUCUCUCUGUCUUCCAUCCAAACGCACCGACUGAUGAUAAGAUUGAGUUCUCUUUUCAACUGUACGAUCUCAAGCAGCAAGGUUUUAUUGAGAGGCAGGAGGUGAAGCAAAUGGUAGUGGCUACACUUGCUGAAUCUGGCAUGAACCUUUCAGAUGAUGUUAUAGAAAGUAUAAUUGACAAGACCUUUGAGGAAGCUGAUACAAAACAUGAUGGGAGGAUUGACAAGGAAGAGUGGAGAAGCCUUGUUUUGCGACAUCCAUCCCUUCUGAAAAAUAUGACCCUGCAAUACCUCAAGGACAUCACCACAACAUUCCCGAGCUUUGUAUUCCACUCACAAGUUGAUGAUACCUGAAGUCAACUGUUGCACUCGAGCUCCAUAGACCGUUUGAUUAUGGCUUGUUUCUUUCUAGACAAUAUUGCCGUCUCAAAUAUAAAUUGCCCAAGAGUGAGUCUCUGUGUUGUUUUGGUUCAUUGGUUAAAAUUUUUUCGUCGCGUGUGUCCAUAUCAAAACGUCGAACUUUUACUUUCUUCUCAGUGUUUUUGGUCGAUUGACUCUUCCGGAUGUGCUGAUUUAUUUUGUGUGUAUUGUUCUUUAUGGUGUUACAAUGUAAAAAUUCUCGGUCCAUUUGAAAAUUUUUCUUCCAUAACCCCGAAUGUGGAAUCCUUCUUGUUAUGGAUGUAAAUUUGAAUGCAGCAAAUAACAAGAACCAGUUUCCCAGAGAUUCCACCUUCCA